AGAUAGUGCGAUCGAUAUUUUGACUUAUGACUAGAUUUAUUAUAAAUAUACAAUAAAAAGCCCCAAGCCAAGGGCCAAGCAAAACAUUUCACCACCGAAAAUAAUGGUGAAAAAUCUGUGGAUCGUCCUUAUCUUAUCGAGCGAGGUGGACACGCGACGACAACUAAUCGGAGCAGAGCAGUAUUGCUAACUCACAAUAUUGAUAAACAAAGUGGAGGCCAGAACUUACUAACAAGGAAGAACUUCAAAAUAGGGCCAUGUCCGAAUCGGGAAUCAAGAAGCUGAGUCAGGAAAGGACUCGUGAGUGGUUGGAUAGUCAGGCGGCAUCUGCCGAGGAUGAGGAACUGGAGUCCAUAGCCGAAUCCUCUGUUGUCGACAGUCUGGAUUACGAUUACACUGAGUACGAGGAUGACGGUGAUCAAAAUACCAGCGAGGAAAUCAGUACCAUGACCUUAGGAACACAAAUUGCCACCAAAAAACAAAACAUAAUAAGCGAUACAAUACGCGACCUCAUGAAUUCAAUCAACAGCAUUCAGACUUUGGGCAAUGUUAAUAUCAGCAAUUCAACAAACGUGCAUAUUGGCAAUGUAACCAAUAUCAAUGGAAAUAUACAAAUCAUAGCUGAAGGUCUUAGCCAAAAUCGGCGAGAUCGCCGAAAUGCUUCGCCAAAAGCUCGAAAUUCCAACACGCAUUUCGAUUAUGAUUAUCAGGAUGAAUCGGAGGAAAGAGUACAAUCAGAUGUGUUCAUUCGACGGCAGAAAUUCAAAAUACCCAAAGAGCUGUGCUCCAUAAUUCCAAGACACUCGUGGCUGGCGCAAAAACCCAUGGAAGAUCCACAGCCUUUGCAGCUGCCGGUGAAAUAUGUUGUCAUUUUACACACUGCCACCGAGAGCUCUGAGAAACGAGCGAUCAACGUAAGACUUAUCCGUGAUAUGCAAUGCUUCCACAUAGAGUCGCGUGGUUGGAAUGACAUUGCAUAUAACUUUUUAAUCGGCUGUGACGGUAAUAUUUAUGAAGGACGCGGAUGGGAAGCCGUGGGUGCCCAUACACUAGGAUAUAAUAGAUUAUCGCUCGGGAUUGGUUUUAUAGGCUGCUUUAUGAAAGAGCUUCCUACGACAGACGCACUAAACAUGUGUCGCAAUCUUUUGGCCCGCGGCGUGGAGGAUGGGCACAUAGCUUCCGACUAUCGCCUUGUUUGCCACUGCCAAUGCAACUCGACUGAAAGUCCUGGCAGGCGAUUAUACGAGGAGAUUCAAACGUGGCCCCACUUCUACAAUAUCGAGGAGGAGGAACAAUAAAAGCAAGAGCAAGACAAUGCACAAAUUACUUGAUUUCAAUGCACCUGAGUUACGCUUACAUCACCAUUAAAAGUUAUACACCCUUUGAAAGGGUAUAAAAAUAAACAGUGCUUCGUUAAGCAA